CGGGCGCGGGGAGAGGGAAGGGGGCGAGGCGGCGGCCGUUCGGGGGCGCCUCUUUCCCCCAAACUCUGCCGCACGCCGGCGAGUGACCCUUGGGCCUCAGGUUUGCUUCGUCUCCAGAGUGGCCAACCUCCAGGUGGUGGCUGGAGAUCCUCCGGAAUUUCAACGGCUUCCUAAGAUCCCGGUCCAGUAGCACCCGACCAACUAGGUUUCCAAGAUCCUUGGAAAUGAUACGUUGAUGUCACUACAGCGUUUCUGCUCUUUCCCACCCUCGUCCCUGCCUAUAGAUAUAAAAUGGCAGCCAAGUUGAUGCAGCGUUGCUGUCGACUCUUUGGUGUCUCAUCUCCCUUGUGCAUCCACACUAAUACAAUGUGUGGAAGGGGCAAGAUGGUGAUUUCCAGAGCACCGUCCCAGAUGCCUCUUGCGUUGUUGCAUGUUCCGAGCUUCACCAGACAGACAGACAAACUCUCAGCCCAAGAGCAAGUGUAUAGAACAGCCUAUGAACGCGAUGAGAUGGAAACCCUCAUUGACUCAGCAUCCACCACAGAGGACCUCUUACAUUUCAGGGCACUUCGCCCCAUAAAUGCAAACCAGGCUGCCUUAAUAAUCUGUCGGCUCUCACGCCUGGUGGUGGAGAAAAAACUGGAGCCUGGCAGCAUUUUGGUGGAUGCACGUUUCCAGCGCCUGCUCCAAAUUGUGCACAGUCAGCCCUCGCAGGUCUGGAAUGCUGCUUUGGUGAACCUCCUGAGAAGCCUUUAUUUACUGGGCCUGGAGCAGAACCAGCUGCGCUCGGUGGAGCAGGAGGUGUGGUGGCGGUUGAGGCGCUUGUCGCUCAGGCAGCUGGUCUUCUUAGCUGAGCACUUGGCUCACCCGGGGGGGUGCUGGCUGCCGAGAGACUUGCUGAGUGACCUGCUGAAGCACCUGGAGCUGCGCUGGACGGAGAUUAAGGACACCCGGACUGUGGUCGUGCUGAUGACUAAAGUGGGGGCGUUCUCUUCAGUCCUGAUGGACCGACUGGAGGACAAGGGCUUAGAGUUGGCAGAGCAAUUCAGUUCAGAGGAUAUUCGGAAAAUAGCCAUGGCUUUAGCACUUCAGAACCGACGUUCCAUCCCUCUGCUGCGGGCCAUUUCGUACCAUUUGGUCCAGAAGCAUUUCAGUCUUAGCACCAAUGUCCUCCUCGAUUUGGCUUUUGCCUACGGGAAGCUGAAUUUCCACCAGACGCAGGUGUUCCAGAAGAUCGCCUCAGACCUGCACCCCCAUGUUGCUGCGAUGUCGCAUGGGGACGUGGUGCGCUGCAUCAAGUCCUUCGCUCUCCUUAAGUGGCUCAACCUGCCCCUGUUUGAGGCCUUUGCACAGUACACAGUGGACAAGGCCGACAGAUUGAACCCCGUCCAUCUUAGCAAUGUUGUCCUCGCGUUUGCUCGCCUGAACUUCCAGCCCAGCUGUGGAGAGGCCUUCUUCAGUGCGAUCCACAAGCAUCUGGAUGAUGCCCUCGACACCCUGGAUCCCUACCUGCUGGUGGACCUGGUGUGGUCGCUGUGCGUGCUGCAGCAGGUGAAGGCUGCCCACCUGCAAAAAGUGCUGGCUCCAGAGUUUUGCGCUCGCUUCUUAGGUAGCAAGUCCGCCAAGGAGCAGAACUACCAGAUAAAACUGAUCCACAUCAACUCCACAGCCCGGCUGGAGUGUGGCAGCUACGGCGGGCCCCUCUUGCCACAGGAAGCCCUGAAUAUCAAGAAGCUGCAAGGAGAAAGAAAGGAGACCCCCCUGCAGAGCGGACUGAGGGAAGUGCUGCAGAGUGUCGCUGGAAAUGAAGCCAAGGUGCAUUUCAAGGUGGACACUGUCUAUGGCUGGCAGCUUGAUGCAGAGAUGGUGUUGAACAGCAUCAACCAGCCUCUGCCUGUAGCAGACUUUGACGCACCUCACCUGCUCCAGUCCGAGGGAUCGAAACCCCUCCCACCAGGGGCCCGGAGGCUCGCCUUCCUGAGGUGGGAGUUCCCAAACUUCAGCAACCGCAGCAAAGACCUGCUGGGGCGGUUUGCCAUGGCCCGGCGGCACCUUCAAGUUGCUGGAUUCUUGCUUGUUGAUGUUCCCUAUUACGAAUGGCUGGAUUUGAAGUCGGAGUGGCAGAAGGCGGCCUGUCUCAGGGACAAGAUGAACAAAGCAGUGGCCGAAGACAUGGCAAAAUAAGGCUCGAGGAAGUGGGGGGGGGGUCAGGGUCUUGAGUGCCGCUUAUAAGGGAUCCUUCCUGUCUUCUCCCCGUUGCUGAUGGGGAUGCUGUGAAUUUGGGGCUGAGGAGCAUCUCGUGCCCUCUUCAGCUGUGCAUUUGAAUAAAUGGCCUGUUGUACAGUUCA